GGUCCCUUGAUUUCCUGAUCUUUUGGUUACGAGUCCUGCGUAUUUUUGUUGAAAAUCUCAUAUGGUACAUUGAGAUAUGCUAUUGCUAAAUGCCAAAGAGAUCAUGCUUGGAGACGUGAAAGAGGCAAUAGGCGGGAUCAUUUUCACUGAUUCUACGCCAGGCUCCUUCACACUUGGUGAUGGAUACGAUGCAUGUUUGGUCUGCGUUCAAACAUUGAUUGGGCUAGUCAUCAGCAUUCUAGCAGUCUGCUUCGCUAUCUUUUGCUACGUGAAUGAGCAGGAGGACAUCCACAGCCUCGACGGCUCGCUAACUAAACUACAAAGCCACCUGCAGCAGCUGGAGCAGCGACCUGUCGCCGCACCCGAUGCAAGCUCUUCCAAUACCUCCGAUCGCCUCGAAGCAUUGGAGAUGCAUGUCGGCCCCCUCCAGGACGGCGCACAGUUACAGCAGACCGCGACGCAACAAUUGCAACAGCGGAUCUGUACCACCGCCAAUACCUCAAGUUCGGAGCCGCGCGAGACAGCUCCAAAGUUUGACGGGCAGGAGAUCUUCUGCGACUCGAUCAAGACAGAUCCAAUUCCACGGUUCCGCAAGUUCGAGCUCACGCUGCAGCUUCACAACAUCAAAGAACACAAGCACCACGCAUACUUGUACUCUCGCUCAGGGGGCGCGUGCCAGGCUUGGUUGGACAAUCUCUUGUCCAAGUACGGAGUGGUAGCUGCCGACUUGCACACCAAGAUCAAUUGGGAUGAUCUGAAGGCGGCGUGGCACAAGCGGUUCCAAGUUGAGCCGCCCGAGAUCAAGGCUAUGGACAAGCUCAUGGUCUUCGAGCAAGGCACGCUGCCAAGUACCGACUGGAUCGCGGAGUACCAACGCUUGACGUCAGUCCCAGACAUCCAGAUGGGCUUCAAAGCCAUACGCCGCUACUUCAUUUCAAGGUCAUGUCCGGCAUUAAGCAAUGCCCUCACUCAUGUGGUUCUUCACGGGAUUCGGUGCGAGUUCAACAUAGAGGUACUGGACCCGCUCACGUCUGAGGAUUUCGCAUGGCUUCCUCUCCCGACCACGGGCCGCUUGCCGCGACCACAAUGCGCAGCACUCUGCGCUCAUCUCCACACGUACUUAUCCUUCUAUGCACCACCAACUUCGCUGACGGAUGACGAAGUCGCGGUGGGGGACAUCCUUGCGUAUAUUACCAAGGUGGCCCGCGAGUUUCGCACACAGCGGUACGAUGACAACACCGCACCGCUCAUGUAUGUCUGCAUCCAAGUUGGGCAAGCGUCCUCCAGCGUUUUGCUGGAUAGCGGAGCGACUCGCAAUUUCAUGAGCCACGCCUUUAUGCAAAGGGCUGGCCUUGGUGCACAAGUUCGGAGGAAGGCAAACCCGACGGCGAUCAAGUUGGCGGACGAAAGGACGCAACAACUUAUCGACCGUUACUUCAAGGCCGCACCGGUGUAUUUCGCACCUCAUGCAUGCGAACCGGUGACGUUCGACAUUUUGGACACGGACUUCGAUAUCAUUUCGGGAAUGCCUUGGCUUGCAAGUGUGGAUCACACGGUCAACUUCCACCAGCGGACUCUUAGCGUUCGUGAUGCCUUCGGCGCUGAAGUGCCAUAGAAAGCGGAAGCCUCUGAGGUCAAGCCUCAGAUUCCGCUAGGCCCUUUAGAGGCUGAACUGCAGGCCCAGGAGGAGAAACUCCGCCAGCAAGCCCAGGCAGUUGAGACUCUAAAGGCUGAACUGAGAAAGAAAGAGGAAGCAGCCCAGAAAGAGGCAAGGCGAAAGUUGUUGAUUGCAGAUGUGGAAAAGAUCAGGGUUAGUGAGAGUUCCAGUCAGUAUAAUAAGGACAUGGCUGAAUUCAUUCUCCUGCAGGAUGAUAUCAACCGGUCCUAUUUUACUAACUGGGACGGCCGGAUCACCAGUCUGGAGAGCAGUCACUCAGCCUUUUCUAAAAAGCUGGAUGACAUCUCUGCCAAACUAGAUCUGAUCUUCACCCACCUUAAGAUCCCAACUGUUUCUCCUGCUCCCCUCUCUCCUGGACCUUCUCAAGGGAAACCUGCAUCAACCCCACACUUCAGACCUGCAUCUCCACCCCCUACACCCACAUCAACAGCAGCUUCUCAGCCCUCAUCACCAUUUGAGUUUCAGCGGCCUAAGCUGACACCGCCACCCAUGUUCUCAGGUGAGGACCCAAAGGUGGAUGUGGCAAACUGGGUUGCUGCACAGAGAACCUACCUGAGUGGGUUCAAAUGCGGGUGCACCUCCACCUCCAGCAAGCGAGUCCAUCAGUGGGACAGGGGACUGUAUGCGUAUUGUUUGAUUGUUCUACCCCUGUUCCCACUCUCCCGACCCUUCUCGUAUUUUGUGACCACCGGGACCUCUCAAGUACCACAUCAGUUCACACUGAUGUCGAUGGAACAGGACAUCGGGGCACUGCCACGACGCAGUGCCAGGCUUGCAGUUCGUACCCGCCCUGUGGUACCUCCAAGACCCAAGCAGCGAAUCAGCAAGCGGAAGACUCCAGUAGCAUCAAGUACAACAAUAACAGUACCGAGUACCACCGGGGUUCUUCCCACAUGCUCGGUCCAAGGGGCCGGUGAGCCGUUGGCAGCUUACCUUCAACGGGUACAAGCAUUCACAGAUGUCGUAGCUACCGCAAAGGCACAGGAGGAGGCAGCAGAGGUAGAACGUCAGCGGCUGGCCAAUGAGGCGGCGGCCCUAGCUCAGCAGACUGCUGAGGCUGACGCCGUGGUGCGAGACAAGCGGAACGCCAUUUGCAUGGAGUCCUUGACUAUGAAUGAGAGUCGGUGGACGACACUGCUCCAGGGCAUGCUGUUUGUGCCUUCGGAAACACAGGCGGAUCCAACACCGGCGGAGGAAGAAAGGAGCAACCUGGCUAACCUGAUGUUGAACAUGAUGCGAGCGAUCAUGUGGAACAACACGAUGCUAAUGGUGCAGAUACACGAGGGCAGACAACUGCGACAGAUUCAGCAGAAUGAUUCUGCAACCUUAACAGUUGUUGUUCGCGCUGCCGCCACACAUCAGCAACAACAGCAACAGCUGUUGAGCACCACCACCGCACGCGUCAACAACAUCGAGGCUAACGCCUCAGCAGCGCCAGGCUGCACGACGGACGCGACGAAGCAGCUCAACGAGCGCAUCGAUCACGUCGUCACUAUCAUCGCCAUGAACGAGGUGUACACCUGCUCUCAAGGGAAUAUGCCAACUCGAGACUGGACAACUAAGUGGCAGAAGAUAGUGACCACGCCAGACUUCGAUUUGAGCUUUACCAAUCAGCGAUCCGAGUUCUUCUCGCGAUCGUGCGCAGGACUGCGGUCGGCACUCGACAACGAGUACAAUUAUGAUUCAUUCCAGGCCAUCCUGGAUCGUGCAAACUUAGUCAUCCAAACGGAUGACAAGGCCGCAAACGAACGACAGUCCCAACCGCAUUAUGUGGCUAAGCAGGGCUAUCAACGACCGACACAUAACAAUGCCGUGAUUUCUGAAGAAACAUUCGAUCUCCACGCUGCAGCAGCAUCCUCGAGUGAUGGAGGAAUUGUAGCAGCGCUCCCGCCGAAGCCUCCCAAGAGAGUUCGGAAGAACAAGGCGACACAAGAGACGGCAUCGACGGGAACUGGGCAGCGGCCAUGGACGGCUUACAAGAUAACCAAGGAUGUCUAUGACCUUUGUCAAAAAACCUUGCCAAGGCCGCAUUGCAACGCCUUGAUGGCAAAUCUACGCUCUUAUUUGCACGCUACAGUACCAGCUCCGUUGAUGGACGACGGGGUGGCGGUUGUCGACCUCCGCUCCUAUCUUGCGAAGAUUGACCGCGAGUACGCCACCCAAAGGUACGUCGAAACCGACGCUCCUUUGCUCUAUAUCCGCAUUCAAAUCGGAAAGGCAACCUGUAGUGCCUUGAUUGAUUGCGGAGUGUCUCGCAACUUUAUGAGCCAAGCCUUUAUGGCCCGCGCAGGUCUUGGCCCACGCGUUCGAAGGAAGACGCAACCCACGCAAGUUACACUCGCGGACGGCCGCACGCAAAAGUCGAUUGACCGAUGCGUCGACGGCGUUCCGGUGUACUUUGCGCCACUUGCGUGCGAGCCGGUGUCUUUUGACAUCCUCGACACCAAGUUCGACAUGAUUCUAGGCAUGUCUUGGUUGCGUAGCGCCGAUCAUCCGGUGAACUUCCAUGACCGAACCGUUCACAUUCAUGAUCGGAACGGAGUGUUAGUYCCAUGUACGGUCGCGACCCCUCACACUUCGGUUGCUUGUCACGUGGUUUCCGUUGCGCGGAUUCGCGACGCCAUUGCUCGGAAUGACGUCGAGGAGAUGGGCCUUGUAUUCUUGCAUGCUUUCCCCUCGCCGGACGGACCAGCUGCGUCACCGCCGGACCCACGCAUUUCUCACCUCUUGGACGAGUAUGGAGACGUCUUCGAGGCUCCCACCGGAACGGUUCCGGAUCGGCCCAUACGUCACGGGAUCACUCUCGAGGCUGGUGCCGUCCCUCCGCGUGGAUGUAUCUACCGCAUGAGCGAAGAGGAACUCGAGGUGCUUCACGCACAACUCGAUGACCUUCUCGACAAGGGCUGGAUUUGCCCUAGUUGCUCGCCAUACGGUGCACCUGUUCUCUUCGUUCGGAAGAAGAACAAAGAUCUACGGUUAUGCAUCGACUAUUGCAAACUUAACGCACAAACCGUAAAGAACGCCGGCCCUCUCCCUCGGAUUGAUGAUCUCCUUGAGCGGUUAGGCGGCGCGACGUACUUCUCGAAGUUGGACUUGAAGUCAGAUUACCACCAGAUUGAAAUCCAGCCUCAAGAUCGGUACAAGACCGCGUUCAAGACGCGGUACGGGCAUUUUGAGUGGGUUGUCAUGCCCGUUGGCCUCACCAAUGCCCCCGCAACUUUUCAAGCAGCUAUGACGACUGAGUUUCUCGACUUGCUCGAUUGCAGCAUCCUCGCCUACCUCGAUGACAUCUUGGUCUAUAGCAGGACGUUGGACGAGCACAUCACACACCUUCGCGCUGUUUUGAAUCGUUUGCGAUUGGCCAAGUACAAAGCGAACCGCGACAAGUGCGAGUUCGCCAAGCAAGAGUUUGAGUAUUUGGGCCACUAUGUUACGCCGAAAGGCAUUCGUCCCUUAGCGGACAAGAUCCAAGCCAUCGUGGAUUGGCCGGAACCCCGUUGUACGACGGAUGUACGCUCUUUCAUGGGUUUGGCUGGAUACUAUCAGCGAUUCGUCGAGUCAUACUCGAAAGUGGCCGCUCCUUUGUCGAGACUUCAAUCCCCGAAGGUGCCCUUCGAGUUCGACGACGCAGCCCAUGGCGCGUUCACUACAUUGAAGGCAGCAAUGCAAGCCGCACCUGCCCUCCGUAUAUACGACCCCACCCUACCCACCCAAGUGACUACGGACGCUUCGGGAUACGGUAUUGGUGCGGUGUUGGAACAGUGUCACGAGGAUGGUUGGCAUCCGGUCGAGUAUUUCUCCCGAAAGGUGCCUCUCGUCAACACUCUCGACGACGCUAGGAAGAAAGAGCUACUCGCGUUCGUCACCGUUCUCAAACGGUGGCGCCACUUUCUUCUCGGCCGUCUGCGGUUUAAAUGGAAUACGGACAACAAUCCGUUGACCUUUUACAAAACGCAGGACACGGUCACUAGCACGAUCGGUCGAUGGAUGUAUUACAUCGACCAGUUCGACUUUGACCCGUGCCACAUUCCCGGUCCCGCCAAUCGAGCUGCGGACGCCCUCUCACAACGGCCCGACUUUUGUGCCAUUGUGACCACGACAUUCGACCUCGAUGACGAUUUGCAGCCGCAUUUCGUCAAAGGCUACAAGUCCGAUCGGACUUACUCUGCAGAGCUCUCAUCGGAUCACCCGUCGGCUAGCCACUAUCGGAUUUCCGACGGGUUCCUUCUCCUUCACACGAGAGGAAAUGACUUGUUAGUUGUGCCCCAAGAUCGCAUCUUACGGACUCGUCUUCUCGGCGAAUUCCACGACGCACGACUUUUGGCACACCUUGGCGUGAACCGCACAUUAGCACGCCUCCGUCAGCGUUUUCACUGGCCCGACAUCCUUCAUGACGUCACGAGGUACGUGGAGUCAUAUGCAGUUUGCCACCGUAACAAGGGUCGAUCUCGAGUCCCCUUCGGCGAACUGAAAGCGUUGCCGAUUCCUCGGGCACCGCGCCUCUCCACUGCUAUGGACGUGACAGGCCCGUUUCCCCGCGAUCGCCACGGCCAUGACGGUAUUCUGACGGUCGUUGACCGUUUGAGCAAGUAUGCUCGCUUCCUUCCUUGCAAGUAUCAUGCUGCAGCGCCUGAGCUCGCACGACUCUUGCACACCGGUUGGAUUACAAACCAGGGUGUUCCGGAGGACAUAGUGAGCGACCGAGAUACUCGCUUCAUGUCAACCUUUUGGACUUCCCUCAUGGCUGAGUCCGGUACGACUAUGAAGCCGAGCUCGGCUCGGCACCCGCAGACGGAUGGCCAGACGGAGCGAGCACACCAGACUGCUCAGAUGAUGUUGCGUACGCUCAUCCGUCCCGACCAGAAAGAUUGGGUUGACCGUCUUCCAGACAUUGAGUUCGCCUAUAACACUUCGGUGCACCCGGCGAUCUGCGUCACACCGUUCGAGUUAACAUCAUGGUGGAGAGAAAGCACGGAUCUUCGCUGAUCUCCUUUUGCCACAGGCUGCAGACAUAGACGUCCUUUGCUCUCCCGCUUCCGUUCGGAAGUACCGGGACUUGCUGAUCAAAACCCGCGCAAAUAUGCAAAAGGCUCAGGUCCGCAUGCAGCAGCAAGCUAACCGACGUCGACUCCCAUGUCCUUUCCGCGAGGGAGACCUUGUUUGGGUCCUCUCCGAGGAAUUUGCGCUCGAGCAGGACGUUUCGCGCAAACUCCUUCCGAAAUGGUUCGGACCAUGGGAAGUCACUUCUGUCGUUGGAGACGACCCCGCAGGUCCUUCCUUCAUGAUCAACAUUCCACCGCACCUUACAGUGCAUCGGGUCUUCCACGCGUCGAAGCUGGCCAUCUACACGCCACCUUUGGCUGACGAGUUUCCCGGACGUUAGACGAUCCGCCAUCUAUGGACGGACAUCAGGAAGUUGACCGAGUCAUCACGCACCGCAAGUAUGGCAACAAGCCAAUGCAGUACAAAGUCACAUUCAAUCAAUGUGCGCCUGACGA